UCUUGGUCCGUGUCCAAGGCCGCAUUGCUCAUGUAUGUUGCUGCAGAUCUCGGACUCUCCUUGCGUCACCAACCGGAGGAAGUGCAUCCUAGCAGCAUGUAAGCAAAGGGCCCCGCUGGAUGCUACAAAUCCUGGGCUGCCCACGUCCUGUUCUUGCCAGAAACGCCAUACAAGGACUGUAGGUUCAUCACAGAUAGCUCAACAUGGCAAGCGACACUCGCCGUCUACGAGUCGGCAUCAUCGGCGGCGGCCUCGCCGGUGCAGGCGUGGCCAAUGCUCUCAUUCAAUCGCCUCAUCUCGAUGUGCACGUUUUCGAGUCAGCACCAGAGUUCUCUGAGAGGGGAGCGGCCAUAGGUCUCUCUGCCAACGCUCAACUGGCGUUGAAAGAGAUCACACCAUCGGCCGAGGACCUGAUGAAGAAAGCGGGCGGCGUGCCGAUGAACUCAUCGAGAAUCAUGGUCGGCUCGGGUGAGCAGGCGGGAACGCUGAUCCUUGACCUCGCAGGAACAGGCAUGGACCCAGGCAUCAUCUUCCGCCGCGCCUCUCUGUUGCGCGAGCUUCUGGCGCCCUUGCCUCAAGAUGUCCUACACCCGAACAAGAGGCUUGAUGCAAUCACCCCUCAAGACGACGGCAGUGUAGCAGUGUCAUUCGCCGAUGGCACAGUGCACACCUUCGACGCAGUCAUUGGCGCAGACGGUAUAUUCAGCUCGGUGCGGUCACAUGUGCUGGGGAAACAGGCAGCCAAGCACGCAGCAACGCCCGGGGGCUUUUGGGAUGCGAGGGCGCUGGUCUCCCUAGACAAAGCGAAAGCAACCCUGGGCGAGGACCUCUUUGAACUGGAUCGGCAAUAUGGGUGGGCGGGCGACGGCGCUUUCAUCAUGCACGACGUCCUGGAAGACCGCUCGCUCGUGCAAGUCCUCGUGUCAGCCGUUGAGCACGACCAUCCCAAAGACCGGAAACGGGCUUUGACCAAGGAUGUUCUCGACGCCAAGUUCAAGAACUGGCCCGACAUCCCCGUGGCCAAAGGGGUGAAAGAGCUACUUCUUGACGAGGCAGAGCCCGUGGCUUGGUCCCAGUGGGAGCACAAAUCGACGCCCACCUACGCCAAUCACCAUGUCUGCAUUGUUGGCGACGCUGCUCAUGCCACGACCCCAUGGCAGGGUGCUGGCGCCGGCCAGGCACUCGAGGACGCCAUGAUACUAGGGGCUUUGUUCAGUCAAGUGCGUAGUGCAUCAGACGUGGCGGUCGCAUUCAAGGCGUUCGACGCGGUGAGAAGGCCCCGUGCCCAACAGGUAAUAGACUCGAGCAGAGGGACCGGAGCCAUCAUGUGCGGGCAGGACAAAGAGUUGGGACUUGAUGCAACCAAGCUGGUAGGUGGUUUGGCGCCACGAUGGGGGUUCAUCUUCGCUUUGUCCAUGGCGGACCACAAAGAACAAGCCCUUGCGCAGUUGCAUGAGUUUCAGAAGCGCAAUGGGGCAUCGUAGCACGACAGAUGUCUCCCCGCACGAUGCGGUGCAAGCACACAUACAGUCUGUACUUCCGGAAGAUACCUCACGGUUAUUGGGGAACUCCAACCGAGUGACACGCUCCGCCUAAUCUGGCCCGCGAAAACUCUGAGCACACGUACUUCUUGAUUGCCCCAGCGGACGAGGUCGACGCCUCCAAUUCUUGAAUCAUGUUCCGAGAUCGCGAGACCGUCGAUGGUACUCCCAAGCAAGGGGGCUGGGUUGCGCAAUAGCCGUGCCGUACAAUUGAAUGCAGGUUCCGAAAAAGAUACCAUUUUUGGAAGUUGAUCGGGUCAGUGCAAGCGGUAAAAU